UAGAGCUAGUAGGAGUUUCACUUUAUCACCAGUUGGUCGUGUUGCCCAGACUGGGAUUCAUCUUACCUACAUCACCAAAUAAGGCUUUAGGAUUAUCAUCUAUUUUCAUCUAAACAUCAUAAUGCCUAAAGGAGGAAAGAAGGGCGGACAUAAGGGUCGAAUGAGAACGUACACAAGUCCCGAGGAGAUAGAUGCUCAGAUGAAAGCUGAAAAAGAGCGAAAAAAGAAUGAAGAUGAAGAAGAAGGAGCAGCAGUGAAUGAUAAUCAGAAGGAUGACAAAUUGGCAGAAUCUGGUUCAGAGGACAGUGAUGAUGAAAGUGCUCGAAGAAGAAAAGGUGUGGAGGGAUUAAUAGAAAUUGAAAAUCCUAAUCGUGCUGCUCAGAAAACCAAGAAAGUAACAGACUUAGAACUCGAAGGACCCAAACAGCUUUCUAGAAGAGAGAGAGAGGAAAUAGAAAAGCAAAAGGCCAAGGAAAGAUACAUGAAGAUGCAUUUAGCAGGAAAGACAGAUCAAGCCAAAGCAGACUUAGCCCGGCUUGCAAUAAUCCGAAAGCAACGUGAAGAUGCUGCACGGAAAAAAGAAGAGGAAAGGAAAGCAAAAGAAGUGGCACAGGCAGCAGCGAAAGGACUUAAUACACUGUCCCUGAAAUGAUAGUAAUAAUAAAAUGAGAAAAGGUUUAAAGAACUGCAGAGUAUAAAAUAUAUAUAUAUAUAUAUAUAUAUAUAUAUAUAUAUACUGACUGAUAUUUUUGAGGUCAAGCUUAUUUGUCAUUGUGUUACGCUUUGUUACAGUGCAAAAACUCAUUAUAAAAGAUUAUUUAUGCAUUCUCACUGCUAAGCUUGAUAGGCCGUAAUUAAAGCUCAUGAACUGGUCAGGGUUUUUUCUGCACUGUUCCUGAACUAAAAUCUGUAGAUAGUUAUUUAAUGAUACCAAACAAAUAAAUACAUUUAUUAAUAUA